AUGGUGAAAGGAUCAACAACCCCAGCUUGCGCAGCUUGCAAAUACCAAAGAAGAAAAUGCAGCCCUAAGUGCCCGCUGGCUCCGUAUUUUCCGGCCAACCAGCCGAAAACAUUCCAAUGCGUGCACCGUUUGUUCGGGGUUUCGAACGUGACCAAAACCCUAAGAAGCCUAAAAACCGAUAUCGAAAAAGACGACGCCAUGAAAUCCAUCAUCUUCGAGUCCAAGAUGAGGGAGCAAUUCCCUGUGGAAGGGUGCACCAGAGUUAUCCAAGACCUCCGACUCCAGAUUCACUACGCCCUCCAAGAACUCAACCGCGUGCACGCGCAGCUCGCCGCGUGUAGGAACCACCACCUCUGGAUGAAUGCGCAGCCUUCCGCCGCCGCCGAGGAUGAUUAUUCUUCAACUUGGGUCCCGGCCGGGGGGCCGCCGACCUAUUUUGAAUCCGGAUGGGUUGAUCCUCGUGUCUCGGAUAGUCACCCUUCUUGGCUUCCCGGGUCGACCCGAUUUGAUCCCGGGGCGAGCUCGAGCAAUGCGCCCCCACCGACGACGACUAUGCCGGCUAAUAAUUACCACUAUUUGAUGAAUGAAAAUAGCGGUGGGUUCUAUUCCGAUAGCGAUUUGUCGGGAAUCAAAGAAAUUCAAGAACAAAUGGAGUCGUUCGGUAUCCAACAAUUCCCGCGUCUAGAUCAAGAUUCCGACGAAUUGGUGAUGAAGUCGAUGGAGGAGAAACUAUCGCAGAUUGAUCGUGAUCAUACAUACUAG